CUACAAAGAUGAGGAGCCUACUUCUUCUGGUGCUGAUUUCAAUCUGCUGGGCUGAUUAUUCUUCAGACAACUAUAGCCUAGAUCAUGGCAGAGUUAUUCACAUCCAAGCAGAAAAUGGUCCCCAUCUCCAUGUGGAAGCAGAACAAGCCAAGGUGUUCUCACACAGAGGUGGCAAUGUUACACUGCCAUGUAAAUUUUAUCGAGACCCUAUAGCAUUUGGCUCAGGAACCCACAAAAUCCGCAUUAAGUGGACCAAGCUAACUUCAGAUUACCUUAAGGAAGUGGACGUUUUUGUUUCCAUGGGAUACCACAAGAAAGCCUAUGCUGGCUACCACGAUAGAGUGUUUCUGAAGGGAGGCAGUGAAAACGAUGCUUCUUUGGUAAUCACAGGCCUCACCCUGGAGGAUUAUGGGAAAUACAAGUGUGAGGUGAUUGAAGGAUUAGAAGACGAUACUGCAGUGGUAGCAUUAGAUUUACAAGGUGUGGUAUUCCCUUACUUUCCACGACUGGGGCGCUAUAAUCUCAACUUCCAUGAGGCGCAGCAGGCUUGUCUGGACCAGGAUGCUGUGAUCGCCUCCUUUGACCAGCUGUAUGACGCCUGGCGCGGUGGGCUGGACUGGUGCAAUGCUGGCUGGCUCAGCGAUGGCUCUGUGCAGUACCCCAUCACCAAGCCAAGGGAGCCCUGCGGAGGCCAGAACACCGUGCCCGGUGUCAGGAACUACGGGUUUUGGGAUAAAGAGAAAAGCAGAUACGAUGUGUUCUGUUUUACGUCCAAUUUCAAUGGCCGUUUUUAUUACCUGAUCCACCCCACCAAGCUGACUUAUGACGAAGCGGUGCAAGCUUGUCUCAACGAUGGUGCUCAGAUUGCGAAAGUGGGCCAGAUAUUCGCUGCCUGGAAACUUCUGGGCUAUGACCGCUGCGAUGCGGGCUGGUUGGAGGACGGCAGUGUCCGCUACCCUAUCUCUAGACCGAGAAGGCGCUGCAGUCCUACCGAGGCUGCGGUGCGCUUCGUGGGUUUCCCAGAUAAAAAUCAUAAGCUGUAUGGUGUCUACUGCUUCAGAGCAUACAACUGA